AUGACUUCCACUCGUUGUGCGGUUUGCAAGUAUUUUAGACGAAGAUGUCCUCCGGAUUGCAUUUUCGCACCACAUUUUCUUAAUCAUAAUCUGCAAAGAUUCACUUGCGUUCAUAAAAUCUAUGGUGCGAGCAACAUUGGCAAGUUACUUCAGGACACGCCAGUGCUUCUACGAGCAGACGCAGUAGACUCGUUGUACUACGAGGCGAAAUGUAGAAUACGAGAUCCCGUGUAUGGGUGUGCUGGAAUAAUUUGGUCUUUACAUCAACAAAUUCAAAUAGCACAAAGAGAACUAGCACAAGUUCAAGCGGAGAUUGCUUUCCUUGAUGCUAAUGUUGGAGUAGCGGACCCAACACCAAGCUCGGUUGAGCCAUUGGUUCAAGAAAAUGGUGUCGAAUAUGGUCUAGACAAACCUUAUGAUUAUUGGUUUUACUAG